AUGAAUUUGCUAAGCUGGAAUGUCCGGGGUCUUCUUUCCUCACGGCGCAGGCUUAGAAGGAUAAUCCGACGUGAGCACAUUAACUUUGUUUCGAUUAUUGAACCGUGGCUUGAUGCUGAUCAGUUAGACAGGUUUGUUCGAGAAUUCCACUACUCGGGUGGUUUUGCGUCCAGUGAAACCAAAAUCUGGUUGCUUUGGUCAGACUCUUUUGACAUCGAGGUUGUGUUAGACAGUGAUCAGUUUGUUCUCUGCAAAGCUUGCUACAUCUCGUGGGGUUUCUCCUUUGAUUUCAUUGCAAUUUAUGCGAAGCAUACCAGAACAGAAAGAGCUCUUUUGUGGUCGCAGCUCGCAGCUUGCCUUACGGAUUCUUGGCCAGUUCUCCUGGGAGGAGACUACAAUGUGAUCUCACGCAUUUCUGAAUAUAGAGGAACCGCUAUACCGGCUGUGGGGUGUAUUUCCGACUUCUCGGACUUUAUUGCUGACAAUGAGCUACUUGAUCUUGCCACUCUCGGCAGUCAAUACACUUGGCAUGGUGUUCGAACGGCUGGGGCAGUUUGGAAGAGGCUUGACCGCUAUUUGAUGAAUGCUAAUUUCAGAGAUUAUUUCACGGAGGUGCGAAUAACUGUUAUGGCCAGGACAACUUCGGAUUAUUCGCCAAUCCUGUUGAGUGGUGCCAACACAAUGGUGUCUUGCCUAAAACAGUUCCGAUUCCAGAAUAUGUGGAUCACUCACCCGAGUUUCAUGGAUACUGUCAGCCUAAAUUGGAAUCAACCAGCUGAAGGAUGGGGAAUGCGUGCUCUCGCCUUCAAAUUAAAAAGACUCAAACAGGGCCUCCGUUCUUGGAACCGAGACAUUUUUGGGAAUGUUUUUUACCGCAUCAGGGAUUUGGAGAUCAAAACUACAGAGGCUGAAAAUGCUUUUGAUGAAGAGCCUUUGCCCGUCAACCGUGAGUUGCUCCACAAGCUGCGAGCGGAUCUCCUUCAGGCACUUAAACAUGAGGAACUCUACUGGAAACAAAAGGCCCUGGUGAAAUGGCUUAAAGAUGGGGACUCUAACUCCCGUUACUUUCAUUCUGUGGUUAAGAAUAUGCACCGAAGAGGACAGCUCCGGAUUGGAGCCCCUUUUACAGUACCUCCCAACGAAUCUGAUCGGUGCAGACAUCGCUCUUCUAACCCUACCGGUCUCACCUGCUGGGACCUUGUAAAAGAAGAUGUUUUCGCGGCGGCCCUGGAUUUUUUCUCUGGAGUGCCUUUACCACGCGCAAUGGCAAGCGCCCAGAUUGUUCUUCUCCCCAAAAAGGAUAACCCGGGAACCUUCGCGGAUUUUCGGCCAAUUUGCCUCUGUACCUUUGUCAGCAAAAUCUUCACACGUAUUAUCACCUCUCGGCUUAGUUCUAUUCUGCCCAAAAUUAUAUCAAAGGAGCAAGCGGGGUUUGUUGAGGAUCGGAGCAUCCAGGACAAUGUGUUGUUGGCUUUUGAGCUCCUUCAACACAUUAACAAACGCUGUCGGGGCGCGAAUGUUGCGGUGAAGCUUGAUAUGAUGAAGGCCUUUGAUCGGGUCUCUUGGCCCUUUCUACGGGCUGUUCUGGGCAGAUUUGGGUUCCCUGCGGCUUUCAUCAACCCUGUCUUGGGCAAUCUGGAGGCCACGCGCUUAUCGGUCUUGGUUAACGGGGCUCUCUCAGAUAUUCUAAAGCAUUAUCAGACCGGGUCUGGGCAGAAAAUCAAUUACAGCAAAAGUUUCUUCGUCACUUCUAAGCACUACUCUACGGAAAGGUUAUCCACAAUGUCGCGUAUUCUUUCUAUGCAACACUCGUCUUUGCCUUUCCGAUACCUGGGGGUGAACAUGUUCGCGGGGAGGAAUAGAACACAUUACUAUUAUCACCUACUGGAAAAAAGUAGACAACAUGCUUCUUGCCUGGCAACGAAAGUUGCUAUCUCUGGGAGGAAGAUUACCUCUAAUUAA